GCAGUGACAAGACAGCGGGCAGUGAACAGCAACAGCGGCGGCCAACAAAAGUAAACAGUCAUCGUGGUGCCGCCAGUCCUGUUGAGCCAUUCCCACCAUCUUCCUAGUCCACCAUGGCUUUGGAAUCUUUGCACGGCGUGGAGAGGUACCAGCACAAAUGGAAUGAAGUGCAGGAGGAGGCAACGCUUCCUGAAAUAGGGAACUUCACUAACCAGUACCAGCUAAUGAUGCCGCCGCUGCCUAAGGCAGAGUGUCAGGUGGGAGAGUAUCUGGUGGAUGAGACAGGGCGCAAGAUGAAGCUGAACUAUGCUCACGGCACCACUACACUCGGCUUCAAGUUCAAAGGAGGAGCAGUGCUGGCCGUGGACUCUCGUGCUACCUCUGGGCAGUACAUUGGCUCAGGUAAUGUAAGAAAGAUCAUUGAGAUCAGUCCGUACCUUCUGGGCACCAUGGCAGGAGGGGCGGCCGACUGCACAUACUGGAACAGAGUCUUGGCCAAGCAGUGCCGUAUUUAUGAGCUGAGGAACCGUGAGAGAAUUUCUGUGGCUGCAGCAUCCAAACUGCUGGCCAACAUGGUGUACCAGUACAAGGGUUAUGGUCUGUCCAUGGGUGUCAUGGUGGCUGGCUGGGACAAAAAGGGUGCAGGGCUGUAUUAUGUUGACAGCGACGGCAACCGCAUGCCUGGCAAUGUAUUCAGUGUGGGCUCAGGUUCCCUCUAUGCCUAUGGUGUUCUGGACUCUGGCUACCACUGGGACAUGACAGAUGAGGAGGCGUAUGAGCUUGGCCGCCGCGCCAUCUAUCACGCCACUCACAGAGACGCUUACUCUGGUGGCAUUGUACGCGUUUACCACAUCAAGGAGGGCGGCUGGGUGCGCAUCUCAGAGCAGGAUAGUAAGGACCUCCACUAUGCUUAUGCAGAAGGGAAAACACUGACCCAGUAAUACAUUACUUAAGAGUAAACUAUCAGUAGGUCAUUGUUUGUGUGUGUUUCUUGUUACUUGAGAGACUGGAUCACCUUGCAACCAUCUUACUAUAAAUGGGGUUAUACACUCAGUAAAGUUCUUUGUUCAGGAAUGUUUAACUACUAUGUCUCUUUUUCAAGUAAUAAAAAUGUAUCUGA